CAUCAUGAUACACAACAAAAUAUCAGCGACAUGCUCCCCUAUUCUAUUGAAAUGAGCACAGGGAUGGACAUGAUUCUCCAGGGUCGUGUCAUGGGGUCAUUUGUCAUGUUUUUGGAGCAGGUACUAAAACUCAACGCAUUUGAGUACAUCACAUUCGCCAUUCGCAAUACCAAAUUGUUUGGACUUUGGUACCUUCCAAUGCUUUCUUUCAUUUCUUUAUUUCUUUAUUUCUUUAUAUCACUAAAACACCACAGCUACAACUAUAACUAACCACAACAAUAGCGGCAGUGAUACCGAUAACAAUAAACGACAGUGAUAGCGAUAAACAAGAACGAGUGCCAUUAAAGUGCUGAAUAACAAUAACGAUUCUUUGUUGCAUUACUCACUUAACUCUUUCUUACAAAGGAACGAGUAACGCCAUCACUCCUCUUAAAAAGCAAUUCUCACUGUAUAAUGUCGUUGAAGCCAUUACCUCCCAUUCCAGCAAAUAUAACAGAGAAAGAGCGGCGAUCUCAUCUUUUCUCGCCUACGACUCACCACCACAAACGCAAGUCUGAAGCAAUGCCUACUCCUACUGUCAAUGACGCAGCUGACCCGGCGACGUCUUCCCAAGAACCGCAGAUCCAGGCACAGCUAAAAACGACAAAGGAGCCACGAGCACACCCAGUUGACACCUUCACCAGCAUCCUGUCCUCACUUAUGUUCUCUGCCGGACUUUCAACUUCCAAAGUGGCAACCACUGAAUCAAAUGAUCCUUCAAGAGCAUCUACACCAACACCGCCUAUUGAACUUCCACCGGAUUCUACUUCGGCAACACCCAUAACGACAUCUGCAUCGCCCACUGCGACACCAUUAGGAAAUAUCACUCAGUCUCUAGAUACUCCCAACGUAGUUUCUCUUGAUCAACGAUCCUUUCAGCACUUACGCGCGAUUGCUCGCCAAUCCAUUGCAAGCUCAUGUCUUGAGCCAGAGAUACUGUGGUUGCGGCUCUUUAUGGACGUGAUGCAAAAAAUUGCUGCUAAUGCAUCGGAUGCAUGGGUGCGGAUUGAAGCAGCGCAUGCAGCAGCUCAUAGGAGUCAAUGUGAAAACAAUAGAUUGGAGCGCGCUAGAACAACAGAUACUAACAAUAAAAAGGCAGUGAAAGACAAGGAUGAUGAGAAAGAAAAGAAUAUGUCAAAGGGAAACGGCAAAGAAAAUGAAAAAGAGAGUGGCGGUACUAAGCCUACCUUCUCUUACAGUAUUUGUCUCAAGAAACACAUUAGUACCACGCAGGAAUGCAUCUUUACGCCUGGCAAGUUCGAGGGAGAAUCCAUCUUGCUUGAGGAGCGGUCGAUCAUAGAGCGAAGAAGACCGCCAAUGGAAGGACAGCCUCGAAUUGCUCUAGGAGGCACCAUCACACUUUCAGCGAGCGCUGAUGAUUUGUCAAAGGUAGAAAGGAUCUUAGAACUUUUAGUCUUUGCUCUUUGCUCUUUACAGCUGGAGGCCUAUUUGAUGCGUGAUCACGACGUUGUGAGACCGGAACAUAGCCUGAACAUCGACACAGAUACCAAGUUUGGCAAAGCCUCACUUUCUUCGCAGCAAAACACUUUCAGCUCUUUGAAACGAUCAUCGAAGGGAUCUGGCUUCUUUGGAUGGUUAUCCCGGGGCACACUGCCAGCGAAAUAUAAGAGAGGGACGACACAAUUGGCCCUAGACGUAGAUGUGAAGCCUAAACAACGUCGAUUAGACCAAACCAGUACUGAUACCAGCCUCGCAGAAGAUUUUGGUAUGACAGAAGAUAUACAGAAUUUCCAAAGCUACCAAUUUGCAAAGAUAAUUCAACAAUUAGAAAAGGCAAUCAUUUCUGUCUCGCCAGACAUAUCAUUUCCGCCGCCUCAUCUUCUGCUCCGGCUACGGGACGAGGAAGCUGUCGGCUCAAAUUCCAAAACAAAAUCAUAUACAUGGGAGGAUGUGGAGUUUGUGGCGAAAAAAAUUGGCUUCGGUAACCGUAUGAAUCGAUCUAAUGCACGCUCUGGGACCAUCAUGCGUCAUUCCAUGAAGAAAGGCGAUUCCGCAAAGAGAACUAGGCUCCCAAUCGACUCUCGGGCUGGGCUGGAACAUCUGAUGACCAACCUUAACUCACUACAAGGGAUCUUCAACCAUCAAUCAAUUUCGUUUUCAUACUCUUAUUACUGGUCUGCAACCGCCGCAGCACCAUGUAAUCCUCCAAAUAUGAUUACAGUUGAAUAUUAUCGCAAAGAAGGAGAAUAUGAAGAUAUGAGCCUGGGUGAGAUGAUUGAACACAUCUGCAAGCGAGUCAAUUCGAACUGCCUCGACAAAACAUGUGGCCAUAAACGACUUGAGCAUAUCUCUUCGUACACUCACGGCGAAGCUAGGGUCAACAUUACAGUAGAACAGUUAUCGGUAGAUUCAGCUAGGGAUUCAGACUUAAAGGAUGUCAGCCCAGCUACAGGUUCCAAAGCAAAGGAGCUUAUAUCAACUACAGACUUCAAGGCAGAGGAGCCUACGCAGGCUACAGAUUUCGAUUCAUGGGAUUUCGAGCCAUUUUUAUCUGACAACAAUACAAUGGCAGUCUGGACUCGAUGCAAGAUAUGUAAAUCAAGGACGAAACCCAAUGCGCUCUCACGUGCCUCACGACUUUACUCUUUUGGGAAAUACCUAGAGUUAUUAUUUUAUGCUCGGCAUUUUGAACCAGGGCCUCGGCCCCUUUGUGAACACAUUGUGAAUAAGGAUGCCACCGUGCGUUGCUUCUUAUAUCGACAACUUGUGGUGAAUUUUGAGCACGAGAGUAUUGAUUUGUUUGAGAUGCGCAUAUCGAGGCUACAAGUCCAUGAAGAUUUUCCACCGAUGCCUCGCUAUGAACCAGGCGACAUGGAUGAUGAUAGGCGAGGCUACUCAAUUACGUCAUCGUUCUCGAUGGGACACCCCCCGCGAAUAAAUACUGUUCCUACUGUUUCUACGUCUCUUACCAGCAUUGACUAUUUUACAGAGAAAGAACAAGCCAAUCUAUUAGACCAGACUCGGCUAGAGAUCCUGCGUUUUUAUGAAUCCUGUAAGAAGAUCAUUGUAAUGAUGGAGCAGCACUUAGGUGAGACAAAAUCAAUCUCAAAGCGUCCUAAAAAUACGGCUCAGAAAAUGGAUUCAGCCGCGUCAGGAGUGAUCGAUCCAGUUAAGAAAGUAGCCUUAAAAACGUUAGAUGAGUUUGGCGACCAAUGGAAGCAGGAUGAAUUUGACCUUUACAACCAGCUAAAAUACAUCUCCAUCCCGCAGCUGAAUGAUACUCGUAAUCGAUUUAAGGAUUGUAUCAAAAGAACUAUGCGAUCAAUGGAAGCAUGGCAGAAAGAGCACCAUCCAGAAUCAUUAGCCAACCUCGAAAAAGAGUCGGUUAACUGGGUACUACCAGAAUAUUACAUACAAUCUACUCUUCACACAUUCCCAGGCUCUUCGGUGAUCGUACGGGAAGAUGAGAUAAGCUCUAUCAUUGGAUGUACUCUAAGCUCUUCUGAUUAUCUGACUCUGGUUUCGUCAAUAAUCAAUCAUGAAUGUAACCCAGCUGAUACUGAAGACGAGAAAGCGCCUCAGCCGCCCCAGAAAGAUUACCAUUUUCGUACUCUGACUAUCCCUAUGCGUACUCCACUAAAAACCUCGAGAUCUGAUGGAAGUGUGACUCUUGUUGGGAGAAAGACGGGUAGUAACGGGAGCGAAGCCAGCACGACUGGCAAUUCCGUCACCAAUGGCUCAAUUAAUAAGGAGAUACUUCACAGCCAAGGCGAAGAGAAUGAUGAAGACGAUGAGUGUGAAGAAGACUCAUUCUUGGUCGUGGACGGAUAUGAAACCAGCGUCAGAUUCCUACAUGUCCCUAAAGUUGAUUUCACUAGCCUGAUACCAAGCGGCACUAUGUCUCCACGCAGUACGAUUGGACUGCACUUUGGUAGUAGUCGGCACAACAAAACGUCAACAUCAGUGCUAGGUGCAGGGUUAGCAGAUAACAAAAAAGGUGACUCUACCUCCACUAUAAUCAGGCCUUUUAGUAUGAUGGCGCUUCCGAGCUCGACGCCAGCUCUUGUGAGCUCGUUAUUGGCAAGCCCUGGAGAAAAACCAACUGCAAGUUCGUUUUUUGGUUCACCUUCUGAAAGCCAGCCCACCACGCCAAAUCCAGGCUCCAAGUUCAAGGGUUCACUCGGCUACCGCACUUUGACAUCAGGACUGAGUGGAACCAUGAAGGGGCUCAGUCUUAAUUCCCUUUCAGAUAAGCUUGGUAGUGGGUUUGCUGGCUACAAUGGCUCUGAUGAAAAGAAUGAGAGGGACACGCUCAAAACAGACCCUACCGAAAAGACUAUAAAAGAGACGUUGGCUAUCGAGCGGGAGCUGGAAUCGACAACCAAAAGUCCACAUCUCAAGGCCCGGUUCUCUCACGGAAAAAUGUCUUUUUCAUGCAUUGUUUAUUAUGCAGCUGAAUUUGAUACACUUCGUCGUCGCUGUGGCAUUCAUCAAACAUAUGUUCAAUCGCUCUCAAGAUGCACUAGUUGGAGUGCGAACGGAGGCAAGAGUAAAAGUAGUUUUUACAAAACAAAAGACGACCGAUUUGUGAUUAAGCAAAUGGUCUCUAGUUGGAACAUUGCAGAAAAAGAUGAGCUGCUGAAAUUUGCUCCAAAAUAUUUUGAGUAUAUGGAAAAGCCGCAUGAUGCACCUACAGUCCUGGCAAAGAUUUUUGGGUUCUAUACUCUGAAGAUCAAGAGCCGCGACUCAGGACAAGUUCUCAGGAUUGAUGUCUUGGUCAUGGAGCAUUUGUUCUAUAACCAAAAAAUCACCAGGACUUUUGAUCUGAAGGGGAUACAGGACCGACAUGCAGGGUCAAAGAUAAAUGCAGGAAAUAAUGCUUCGACUACGCUCUGGGAUGGUGAUUUUAUUGAGGGCAGAUACAAGACCUUACUAUUGCUCUACUCGCACUCAAAGAAGAUUAUCCGAGAAUCUCUUUUAAAUGACACUGAAUUCUUGGCUGGAGCCAAUAUUAUGGAUUAUUCGCUUCUCGUGGGAGUAGAUGAUGAGCGGAAAGAAUUGGUUGUUGGGAUCGUCGAUUUUAUUGGAGCAUAUACCUGGUACAAGAAGAUUGAGUCCAAGGGUAAGACCACAUUACGAGGAGCCAAAGAUAGUGUUACGGUGUUACCUCCACAACAAUACAAGACUCGCUUCAGAGAAGCAAUGGAGCGAUAUUUUUUGGCUAUCCCAGAUAAAUGGUCCAAGACUGUGAUUGAGCAAGAGCAAGAGGCAAAGAAGGAGGCUACAAACGCUUCAAUACCAACCACUGUGCCUGAAGGGCCGAAAGGGAGUGCGUUGGAUACAUCGGAUUCGGAGCAGCCCUUGAAGGACAAAACCUCAGGAUAUCUGGAGAAAAUGUCGAAGGCAAUUCUACCUACGUCUACCAAACCAUCUGAUACGAUGGCAUCAAUUGCUUCGACUACAUUCGCAUCAGAGCAUCAUGAUAACAAAUUAACUAGGAUACUCAAUACGGUGGAACAAUCGUACAACGAUUCUGAACUUCGUGUUGGGAAACUGCCGCGCGUAUUCCAUCCAUUAGACUGAAGAAAACAAGCAUUUUUCCUUCGUUUUCACAUAGAGUUCCCAUCAUCCUCCGGACUCUAAGGGGGCUUAACUAUUCACCACGCUGAGAAAUACUAGUCUAACUAGGUAUAGGGUCUGUUGUUUUGGGUCUUAUGUUUCUAUGCUAGCGGAGUUACGGAAAAAAACAUGCAUGAUCAACAAUAAAAUGGGAC